AUGGCUGAGUGUUCUUUUAAGUGUUAUUCUAGUAAAGAAUGCGGUGUGUCCAGACGAUACUCUGCACAAACAGCCAUUGUGCCAUUAAAAACGUGUACAAAAGACGUUUUACCUCACCUGAGAGGUUGCUACAAAACAACGGCUAAAGGAGUAGAUUUUGAGUGGAGACUCUGCCUCUACCGAGCAGGACUCUUCCAGGAAGACGGAGAUUGUUCAACUAUUUGUCCCUCACACAGAGAUGAUUUCGGAUUAGGCUGGCGACCAAGCAAAGCAUGCAAAUAUCCACUGCAUGACAGCAAACAAAAACCGACCAGAGGAAUUACUAAACGUUUAUCGGAAGAAAUAUAUCAGAAAUGGAAUGUGUUGUGUCAAAUCGGACAAGGUUAGCUCAUAUUUAGUUUAUUUGACAUUGUUUAAUUUAAAGACUAAGUUCGUAAAAAAAUCUCACUUCCUUCUUCGGAUCUCUUAGGUAUUUGCAUGAAAUGUUUGGACAUGCACUCGAAGUUUGGACCAUCUACGAGUUCGACAUGUCAGGUAAGUACACAUUACGUCAUGAUAAACCUUACGACAACUUGAUCGUGGUUUUACGUAUAUUUACAUAAACUAUUACGGCAGUAAAGUCAGUAAGAAAAAAUGGUUUAUUAGUUGGAUUAAAAAAGGUUUCUAUUAGAGAGCCAUGCAGGUGUAUCAGCUUUGGCCGCUUAGAAUGUAAGUCUCUUUCUUGUUCCACCACGCCCUAUUGCUUAACGGCGCGGGGGACAAUGAAAACUCGUUUAUGUAAUUUUCCCGGUUGUCCCGGGAAAGAGGGUUACUCUUCCUGCCAAGUCAACUUAAGCGAGCGUUGUUAAGGAAAAAAAAGACAGACAAACCAAAAAUAAGAAACAAGACACGAGCCAAAAAGAGCUUAUACAUCAGGGUGAUUGUCUCCUCUAGACGGAAUCGACACCACUAGGCGCGUAACCCUUUCUGCUUAGUCAAAUUUUUGAUUCUCAUUUAAAGGGUUGGCCAAGUUUUGUAAGGAAACCCAGGAACAGUUGGCUCGCCCAUGGUUGCUCGGCGUUUAAAACUUCUACCCAAGGAACGUUUCCACCAUAUAAACAGGGAACGUAGGUAAAUUUAUAACAUAGGCAACAAUCAAUUUAAUUGAAUUGAAAUUCGGGAAACUAUAAGAAAAGAGUGCUCCUUGAACAAGAUAAAAUUUAGCUAUAAAAUAAACACUUAUAAAUCAAUGCAAAGGGCUUGGCAUAUAAAAAGUGUAAGGGGCAAAAACAGAAGAAAGGUGACACUUUUUCUUUUUCUCUAUACAAAACGAAAUUGGUCAAGAAUAUAAGAAAGCCAGAAAGUGAAGUGUUUGAGGAUGACAUCGCUGAGGAACUUGAAACCAGUUUGUCCAGACCAAGACGUGUGCAGGUGGGUAGUGUCAGGUUCAUGUACUAUACUCUGUUAUUUUAAUACAGAAAGCCCAAACAAGUGAUGAUGAUCAAGUGAUGCGCUCCCUGCAUGUGGAAUUGACUUGUUCAUGAAAAAUCUAAACCGAAAUUCAUCGUUAGUGUUGCGGACACCUGCGCGUCACGACAAAGGGCUAAAUUUUAUUUCUUUUUUAAGGUUCAACCAGGAGAAUACUAUAGACUGGAGAGUCACCUUGAUGAUAUCAUGACUCCAAUUCCUGCAUUGAUGCGAUCACUAUGUCUAGAUGAAGAAGAGGAAGAAGAAUACCUUCCAACACCUACACCAAAUCGCGGGCUGGAAGUUCUAAAUCAGCAUAUUGAAAGAUUAAGCGGUGGAAGAAUUAGUCCGGUGCGCUUUCAACUCACGCAGCCAAUUCAAGAUGUUGCCAGAAGCACGCGCUCCUACAUAAGACGCAAGUCAAAAGAAGUAGUAGGAACAACACUAGAAUGUAUUGCACCAGGGCAGUCUAAUGAACUUCUUGCAUAG